AUGACUCAGAAAGAAGUCUACCAUCUUCACCCCUACGGUUGGGAGACCAGUCCGCAGGAAGAGCGGUUCAAAGUUUCUACUCUGGACUAUCUGACUGGGCUUUGUUAUACACACUUCGCUAUCUACUUCCGCCUAGACGAUGGCAAGAAGCCCAAGGCUGCUACCACGCUCAAGGAAGGUCUCCAGCGGACGCUCGCCCAAGUCGGUCACCUAUGCAGCACCAUCGAGAAAGAUCCGAUAGGGGGCCAUUCUUUUGUGAAAAGGAAGGACAGUACUGUGCAAUUAAUUGUGCAGUGGCUAGACUCGCCCGCGGACGUGGACAGAUUUCCUUCGAUUGACGACAUGGAGCGUUCGAGCUUUGCUGGGAUUACACUGGGUGAUUUUAAGAAUUGGAGCUUUGAACGGAUGACAUACGGCGAAAGGCCAGAGGCGCAUCCAGAUGCUUCUCCCGUUGCCUCAGCCUUCCUGGCUAAUUUUGUCCGUGGCGGCCUGGUACUGAUUUCUCACAUGCACCAUUACGCGAAUGAUGUGAUGGGCUGGGCGGGAUUUGUCCACCAGCUGGCUGAAAACUGUUACGCGAUUGAGAAUCAGACACCGUUUCCGACUUGGGAUGCCGCGUGCAACGACGUCUCCCUUGUCUCCAAGCCUGACCCGCCCGAGGGGCAGCAAGUAGAUGGACCCCCUGCACCACAGCUACACCCGGAUCAAAAGCCUGGCCAGUGUCUCCUCUUCCACCUCCCCAAGAGCAAGGCCGCCGAGCUCAAGAAGCUCGCAACACCGCAGGAUGGGACAUGGAUAUCGACGUACGAUGCCUUUGCUGCCUUUAUAUGGAGGACGACGACACGGCUACGUCAGGUUGCGUUUAAAACACCGCUUGACAUGCCGAUCUUUUGGUGCGAGGCCGUUGACAUGCGUCGCCGCAUGAAAAACCCUCCUGUUCACCCACGGAUCCAGCACAACGUUCUCUGGGCGGCGCUGUCCGACCAGAUGCCUUUCCCACAACUCACACAUAGGGAGGUUAUCUCGCAGAAACCCAUCUGGGAGCUAGCGGCCUACAUCCGCAGGAUUACCAAUACACAGACGCAGGAGAACCUGGAUAGCACAUUGAAGGCGGUCUCGUACAUCAAGGACAAGACGAACCUCAACAUCCGUAUAAACUCCAAACCACCGAUGUCCAUUAUCACAACCGACCACCGUGAGGCUCGGGUAACCGAUGCGGACUUUGGGUUCGCCCGACCGGUGUGCCAUCGCCACUUGCAGCAGGGCGCGGGUGUUACCGUGGGCGUACACCUAGUGUACCCACCCAAGUUUGAUGCGAACCCGAACUCGGACGAGGGAAAUAUGUUCGCACUCAUGUACGAGAAGGAGCUGGCCCAGGGCCUGAUCCACGAUGAGGAGUUUGCCAGAUUCUUUGAGUACAGGGGCGUUGACAGUGAAGGAUAG